AUACCUGCACGGAGGGAGAGAAAAACAAACUCCCCCAAACUCCGGGAGAGACCGCAUUCGGGCUCCAGUCUACCAAGCGAGACAGUCAAAGUGGAAAGCAAGAAUAACCCGAGGCAAUAUUUAACCAGGACACUUUACUCCGGCCCCACUGCCAGACCUGCUGAGUUUUCCCAGGUAUUUUUGUUUUUGUUUUGGAUUUCCAGCAGCCGCAGUUUUUUUUUUGCUUUAACCAGGACACUUCACUCCGGCCCACUAGGAACGGAAGGAGAUGCAGCAGUGGAAGAUAUGGUGCUCAUUGCUGAGCGUGGUCGUAUUGGCAGCUGUGUGCCAGGGAGAGAGAAGCAAUCGCUGUAUUCUCAGUCGAGCCAAAACCUGCACUGAGUGCAUGAGAGUGGACAAGGACUGUUCAUAUUGUGCUGACGAGGGCAUUCAUUACUCCAGGUGUGAUCUAUACAGCAACUUACAGUCAAAGUGCAAACAGAUAAUCCAGAUGAAAAGUUCGAUGGAAAUAAAAAAGAAUGUGGAAAUCAAUACGCGCAGAAAACAGAACCAGAUCUCACCGCAGGAGGUGUCCAUGACACUGCGAGCAGGAGAGGAGAAGUCAGUGAAAUUCAAAGUCUUUCAGCCACUGGAUGCUCCAGUUGAUCUUUAUUUCCUGAUGGAUUUCUCCAACUCGAUGAAGGACGAUUUGGACAACCUGAAGAAACUGGGCCUUAAGCUGGCUGAUGUUGUGGGGAACAUGUCAAGUGACUACACCAUUGGCUUUGGGAAAUUUGUUGACAAAGUAACCGUUCCACAGACAGAUAUGAGGCCUGCAAGGCUCAAGACACCUUGGCAAAACAGUGACCCCCCAUUCUCCUUCAAGAACGUUAUUACUCUGACAUCAAAUGCCAAAGAUUUCAUCCAGAAGCUGGAGAAAGAGAGAAUUUCUGGAAAUGUAGAUGCACCUGAAGGUGGAUUUGAUGCGAUUCUGCAGGUGGCUGUUUGUAAGGAAAACAUUGGUUGGAGGAAUCAGAGUACUCACCUGCUGGUCUUUUCCACUGAAUCUGCCUUUCAUUAUGAGGCUGAUGGCUCCAAUGUCCUCUCUGGGAUCCUAACACGGAAUGAUGAGGGCUGCCAUUUAGACUUGACAGGCACCUAUACUAAGCAUACUUUGCAAGAUUACCCAUCAAUUCCAACUCUGAUUCGUCUCCUCGGAGAGCAAAGCAUUAUACCAAUCUUUGCAGUUACCAACUACUCUUAUUCUUAUUAUGAGAAAUUGAGCAAGUAUUUCCCUGUGUCUGCUAUUGGGCGGCUUCAGGAAGACUCCUCCAAUAUAAUUGAGCUGUUAUGGACUGCAUUUGAGAACAUCCGCUCAAAGAUGGAAAUCCGACCUGAGUAUACCCCCAAAACAAUGAGGUCCAAAGUCUCAUCAUUGUCGAGUGUCAUGUCUCAGAGUGACUCUUCAAUCUUCACUGUGCUCCCAGGAAAGGUGAAAGAGUUCAAGCUUAACGUGAAAGCUUUGGAUUACAUUGGUGAAACUCACGUGUGUGACUAUAAGGAGCAACAGAAAAAAUACCUAAUUGUCAAACCCAGCACUUUCACAGAUGCUUUGUCAUUAGAUGCCUCCCUGCUGUGUGACAAAUGUUCCUGUGAAUUGAAUGCGGAGGUGAACUCUUCCAAAUGUAGCGGUCAUGGUGACUUUGCUUGUGGACACUGUGUGUGCAAGGAUGAUUGGCGGGGAGAACUCUGUGACUGUAACUCAAAUUCUCAGGGAGAUGUUGCAGCCUGCAAGAAUCCCAAAGAUACCUCCCAGAUUUGCUCCGGUCGCGGAGAUUGUUACUGUGGUGUUUGUCACUGCGUUCCAUCAGAGCGCCAUCUGGAAAGAUUUGAGGGAGACUAUUGUGAAUAUAGCAACCUGCUUUGUCCACGAUUUGCUGGCUUUAUGUGUAAUGAUCAUGGUGAAUGUUUUAAGGAAAAGUGCGUAUGUGGAGAGGGAUGGGAAGGUGCCGCAUGUGAAUGCCCUAAAAGCAAUGCCACAUGCAUUGACGCCAAUGGGGUACUCUGUCAUGGUAAAGGUAGCUGCGUAUGUGGAAGAUGUAAGUGUGACCCAACUGAUGCGAAUGUUGAUUCAGUCUGUGGCCCCCUCAAAUAUUCACUAGGGCUGUGUGAGGACAUUCGCACCUGUGUCCAAUGCAAAGCCUGGAAUACUGGGGAAAAGAAGGGAAAGAACUGCAAAAAGUGCACUCACGAGUUCAAGUUUGUGGAUGAACUGAAACCAGGAGAGGAGGUGAUGGAACAUUGUGAAUUCCGUGAUGAGGAAGAUGACUGCACAUUUUAUUACACAUUGGAAAAGCACCCAAGUGGCAACAAUACUUAUGUAGAGGUGCUAAAAAAGAAAGAUUGUCCACCAGGAGGCUUCCUCUGGCUUAUUCCACUUAUCAUAUUCCUGAUGUUGUUGCUGGGUCUGCUGUUGUUGCUCUGCUGGAAAUACUGUGCCUGCUUUCGGGCUUGCUGUGCAAGGCUGCCAUGCUGUGCGAUGCUGCCAUGUUGUGCUGCAGGUACCAAGGUUGGGUUUCAGGAAGACCGCUACAUGCUACGUCAAAGCAACCUCAACUCCCUGGACACGCCAAUGGUUCGGACAAACAAGCCAGUUGGAACAGACAUAGUAAGGUGGAAGGUGACAGAUAAUGUGCACAAAGAAUCAUCUAAACAGUAUCAGGCAACCAACCCCAAUGAUACUAUUCUGUACAAUCUGUCACUGCGAGCAGCCCGAAUAUUCAAUGAUGAGCUGAGAAAACCGGACUCACCAGAGUUUAAUCAACUGCGGCAUACGGUGGAGGAGAAUCUCAACGACUCAUACAAAUCUGUCCCAGGUUUCCAGCCAGUGCGGAAAACCAAAUUUAGACUUCAACCAAAUGCUGGAAAGAGGCAGGACCUGACUAUCAUCGACACACAAUUACCUGCCUUUCGUUCAGCAGAGAAACAGAUCAUGAAUAUAACUGAACAAAAGGUUAACUUGGAAGCCUUCAACAGUCUGAAAGUUUGCCCCGGCUACUAUACGGUGGCAACUGAUCGAGAUGCUCAUGGGCAGGUGGAGUUCCAGGAUGGGGUCGAAUCCAUUGAUGUACGGGUUCCACUCUUUGUAAAGGAUGAAGAUGAUGAUGAAAAGCAUUUGCAGGUGGAGGCUGUGGAUGUUCCAAAGGGGAAUGCAGAGAUCGACCAGCGAUUUGUGUACAUCACCAUCAUCAAAGAAGCCUCAGCCAAAAGCAUUAUCACUUUCCUGCAACCAUCCUACACAUACCAGCGGCAGGACAAAGUGGCUAAAAUACCCUUGUUCCGGGAGAUAAUGGAAGAUGGACGCACACAGGUCUCCUACAGGACGAGAGAUCUCACCGCCAGGGAUGGCAAGGAUUACAUAUCAACGGAGAGCGAGGUCAUAUUCUACCCUGGAGAGACUCGCAAGGAGAUACCCGUCUCACUCCUGGAGCAGACAGAGAUUGACACUCUCCUGGAAAAUGGGCAGCUCAAACAAUUCCGCAUCGAACUGUACAAGCCCCAAAAUGGAGCAAAGCUGGGGAAAUUUCCUGAAACCAACGUCAUCAUCGCCAAUGAUAAUGAAAAUCAAACAACAAUCCCCCUCGAGCAAAGUGCCAUCUCCAUCAACUCCCCACCCACCAAUGUCAAAGCUCAGCCAAUUGACAGCAAAAGAAUCCGCAUGAAUUGGAUCCCACCGCCAGGCCGACCAACAGGAUAUAAGGUGACCUAUUGGAUUGAAGGGGAUGAGAAUUCUUCUCAGGUCAUAAACACAACUGCGCCCUCUGCUGAUCUCCCCAAUCUCUACCCAUACUGUGACUACGAGAUGAACGUCUUUGCCUACAAUGCACUAGGUGCUGGUCCCUGCUCCGAGAUUGUUAGGUGUCGCACACCGGAAGACUUACCAAAUGAGCCUGGACGAUUGGCGUUCAAUGUCAUUUCACCAACAGUGACACAACUGAGCUGGGCCGAACCUUCAGAAACCAACGGGGAGAUCAUUGAGUAUGAGGUCACAUAUGCAGUGGUGACUGAUGAGAAUAAACCCAUUGGACCUAAAAAAGUGGUGAAAAUCAACAAACCAAAGAAGAGGAUGGUAAUGAUCGAGAAUCUGAAAGAAGAGCAGCCAUAUCGGUACACGGUGCGAGCCAAGAAUGGUGCUGGCUGGGGACCUGUCCGUGAAGCCACAAUGAACCUCUCCACGCAGCCAAAACGCCCAAUGUCUAUUCCUAUCAUCCCAGAUGUUCCCAUUAUUGAUGCGGAGGCACAUGAUGAGUAUGAGAAUUUCCUGAUGUACAGCUCAGAUGUAAUGCGAUCGCCCAGGCCCAGCACUUCUGAUGACACAGACAUGCAGAUGAAUGGGAACUGGGAGAUGAACUCUCUAUUCCCUGGAAGUGCCAACAGCACCCUGAAUCGGAGCACCACCACCACUCACAGCGGGCAGUACUCUAGGAUGAUGGGUGGCUCCUUGGAGACCCACACUACCAUGAUGUCAGGACUGGAAACAUCAAUGUAUGGAAAGAAAGGAGUUAACAACACAAUCACACAGCAGAUGAUUGGAGGGAGGAGACGCACCGAAUCCGAGGAUGUAAACGCUGCUCUUGAGAACCUGGAGAUGGUUCUACAUGAAAACCGAUCUCCCGGGAUCCCAGAAACUCCAACUCGCCUUGUGUUCUCUGCACUCGGAGCAACCUCAUUGAAAGUCAGCUGGCAGAAACCUCAAUGUGAUCGAGAGGUCCUGGCCUAUCGCGUCACAUACCAGCCUCUUCUAGGAGGUGAGAUGAAAACAAUUGACAUCUCAGACGCCAAUGAAAAUUCCCUGAUCAUCAAUGAUCUUCUACCCAACUACUCCUACAUCUUCAAGGUCAAGGCACUGAGUGAUAAGGGGUGGGGUCCAGAGCGAGAAGGAGUCAUCACCAUUGAAUCAAAGGUGGAUCCACUGAGCCCUCUGAGUCCAGUUCCAGGCUCUCCUUUCACGCUGAGCACACCCAGUGCUCCAGGGCCCCUGGUAUUUACUGCCAUUAACUCUGAGUUGCUCAAACUAAGCUGGGAGAAACCCCGUAAACCAAAUGGAGACAUCAUGGGCUACCUGGUGACUUGUGAACCAUUGGAUGGUCAAGGUGAGAUCAAGACUUAUCAAGUGGAGGGCGAUGAUGCAGAUAUGACACUGAUGGUACCUCACCUCAGUGAAAAUAUUCCAUACAAGUUCAAGGUUCAAGCAAGGACAACACAAGGUUAUGGUCCAGAGCGCGAAGGGAUCAUCACCAUCGAGUCACAGGAUGGAGGUAGGAGCCAGCACACGAGCCUCUCUGAGUACAGUAAGCAGAUGAUAAUGAGGCAUGAGGGGUACACGGUACCUGGAAAUAUGAGCACACAGGCUAGUUUGCUGGAUUCCGCCAUCGACCCCAUGUUCUCAGAGGGAAUGACUGUCAUGACACAACGAAUGGAAAGUGGAACAUCAAUCACUCAACAGGUCACUCGAACAAUGAUGACGGGUGGAACAAUCACCAAACAGAUGGAGAGGAAGUUCUACGAGGCCUGAUCCAUGGAUUAACUCCUGCAAAAUUCUGCUCUCUGUACUGACCGUUGCAGAUUCUUUGUUGAAUCACACCAAUGAGUGAUCUUUGAAGCAGCCCUGAUCUCUGUUUGCCUCUCAGCUUGUCAGCACCUUAUAUAAAGGAGGCCUUUCAGCUAGACAGUUAUAAUGGCUACUUGCUCCUAUUUGUACAUUGGGUUGGCACCACUUGGCAUUGUUACAAUAUCAUUGUAAUGGUUUUCUGAUGUGUUGAUAAUGAACUUCGAUCAACAGAGACUGUGCAUUCACCUUAUCUUGAAAUCUGUCCAAAUUUUAUACUGCCUAAAACUUUACUUCUCUCUCAAAUCAUUUGACUUGCCCCAAAUCCAGGCCUCCCCAGGACAUAGGAGAUCCUUGUGUUCUUUCUCCACUCUUUCUAUAGUUGCAGAGGCUUGUCAUCAGCAACAGAAACCUCCCUUGGCCAUUGCAUCACUUGUUUCACACUGUGGGUCACAUGUACCAAGAUCAAACAUUCAUUGUACUUAUUUUACCAUUCAGGUUUAAGCAACUAAUCCUUGUAGAAUGUGUAGAAAACUUUCAAUGUAUAUGUGAUCCAAGUUGUAAUGAGUAAUUCAGCUCUGUGGGUGAGAGAGCAAUCUUCUGGGUUCUACAUGUUUUGGAGUAACACUGACCUGUGGGUGUGAGCAAUUUCCUGCAUUCUCUGGGUGUAACUCAAGCGCUGUCUGGUUAUGAGGGUAACACUUAUUCUAGCUGUAGGUGCCCACAUUAUUUCUCUGCUGUUUUCAUUUCAAUUACUUAACUCUCGUCGAGCACUGUUGAUUCAUCCCACUUCUGGUGCUGAAUUUUCACUUGUGUAAAAGGUCCCCAUAACUCAGAACAUUUAUAACUGGAUUUGUCCCACUUGGCAGCAAGCUCCAGUAACUCCCAAUUACCAUGAAGCCACUUGCCCUAUGCAUCAGGAUUCACAGAGAACAAGUGAAGGUUUGGGGUUAAGGAAUGUACAGAAUGUAGGAAUUUACACAGAAUGUGCUGCAUCUGUGGAGACUGUGCUUCUUGAUCCAGAAAGCAGGAUACUUCUUCCAGUUUUGUUAUCUCACCUGCUCACUCAGGUGCAGAACUGAGACUCAUGCUUCUUGUAUCCUCCAUAUUGGAUAGAAACAUACCAAAUCUACUGCACUGCCUCCCGUUCGCAAUUUUUUAUAUUAUAUGACCAAAAUGCAACAGCAGCUCUUAAAAUUCUUAUUUUAGAUACUAAACAUGUAUUUAUAUUUUAAUUUUCCAGGGUUAUAUUUUUAGAAUCUUACCACAGUACUGUACGCUAUCCAAAUGCCAUAGAUUUGGGUUCAACUGUUCCAUAUUGCAGCUGGUAGAGAGCUGUACCAUCUGGUUCCCUCAAAGAUUCAUUUAGUUAAGAUUGUAUUGCACAGAGCCUGACAGAUCCAGGUUUAGUUCCCAGACUAAUCUCAUCUGGGGCAGCCCUGGUGAUAUUGGGAGCUGCAGCUACAUACUGUAUUGGGGGAAAGGAAGAAUCAGUCAGUGAUUCUGUUCCUGAUUGCUAUCUCGUAUAUACUGUGGAUGCUGGUUGUGAUCAGAAUAGGGCCCAAGAUUGGUCACCUGGGCCAAGGUACCUUUGGGUACCAGCCAUCAGUGGAACAGUACCCCAGCCGAGAGUCAGCACUGUUACAAGAGGGCUGACAUAACAUUUUUUAAAAAUGGAAGAACGAGGGAGUCUGGGCUGGAGAUGGCCUUAGGUUGCUCUUUAUGUUUCCAAUGUACCACUCCCUGUAAACAAUGGUAUGGUUUUUUUUGUACAUGUAAUGAAAUGCUUCUGCACUUAUAAUAUAUAACUCUCUCAUA